CCAUAAUUGAUCAGACGCCGACCCCUUACUUUGAUCAUGGAAUCCAAGAACCGCAAUAGAUCGAGGUCCCCAGCCUCUCGCGAUCCCAAGCACAAGCGACAUCGUUCUCGAUCGCGCGACCGGGACGAACGCAAACACAAACGACGAUCCGAUCGUGGUGAAGACGAGCUUGACGACCGGGAACGAAGAAAGGAGAAGAAGGCUCGGAGGGAAGAGAAAGAAUCGAGGAAGCGAGAAAAGAGGGAUGAAAAGCGAGGGAAAGGAUCGGGGUUACAGGUCGUGGAUGAUGACGAGUCUGAGGACGAGUGGGUGGAGAAGGACAUGAACGAGGUCGAUAUCCAGAACGCCGUAUCGAACAUACCCACAAGAGACUCCCUCCCCCUCAAGUCAAACCCUAGCACAGUCCCUCCUGGCGCUCACCUGGCCCCAUCCGUGGCAACGGGCAAUUUCGAAGGACAAGGCCAGGAUGAUACCGCUAGGGAAUCAUGGAUGCUAGAUCCUAAAUCCAGUACCAUCCCGGGACUCAUAGUUGGCUCGGACGGACACGUCGCCAAGAAACCAGAGUUGGGUGCUCUGCGUUCUGCAGAGGUGAAUCCUAAUUUGCGGGAUGGCAGGGAGAUAGUUGGGAACGAACAAGAGACCCGAGGAGGUUCGAGUACGGGCUACCAAGGUUCCGGAGGGAUGACGGAUGGUAUGGAAGGAUCGACUGGUACUAGCACAGGGGACUUUUUCUCUGAUAUGGGUACGGCCCGGAAGAAGAAGGAGGUCAACAAGCCUGAUCCUGACAAGCUGGUGGUAUCUCGGUUCGAGCUCAAUCAACAGAUGAAAGAUGGGAAGACUGUUGAAGAGUACGCGCCUACAGAGAAGAAACAGAUCGUACCCGGAUCGGCGGGUAGCCAGUGGCGGAUGAUGAAGUUGCGCAAGGUGUACGAACAGGCUGAGGAAGAGUCUCGAUCCGUCGAGGAUGUCGCGAUGGAGAGGUACGGCAAUCUGGAAGACUUUUCCGAGGCCGUCAAAGAGCGCCGGGUACUGGACGAUCGUGGUUCCCGCCGAUCUGCCAGGAGAAAUCAAUCGGGCUUUGACACGCCCAACAGCAAAGAUGGGAAUCGAUCCAGAGAGGAUAGCGGGCCAAGCACUCCCGGUGGAUUGCCCGGGGGUAGGAGGUUCAUGUUCACCAGCGAUGAGGCUGCUAGUAGUCGACCGAGCAGUCGUGCCGGUUUCAGACGGCCAGGUGAGGAAGGCAGGUUUGACGAGGCGAUCGGGCUCAGGAGAUCUGCGAGUAACAACUCGUUAGCGGGAGUUGGGGGUUUGUCUACCCCUACUCAGCCGGCUCGAGGAACAGGAAAAUUCGACCAGUCGAAACCGGCUACCCCUAUUCCGUCCGUCUUGACGCCUCAUCAUCUGCUACAGAGGAACCCGAUGUCGACCGUAGCCAUCCCUCACGCUACACCGCAAGGCGGUUCGAACGAUCCUGGACGAGAUCCGACGGCGUCAACCCCUCCCCUCACCUUGUCCGCGCUGAACGCUUUGCAAGCCAAAGUACUUCGCGCUAAGCUCUCGAACGAUCCCUGUGCGUCUGAUCUUCAGGCAGAAUACGACCGGGAGAGUGAGAGACACCGCACACAUGCGGCUGGCGGAGGUGAUCAAGGAGGAGGGCUUUGGGAGGGUCAAGCGGGAGGACAGUUGGGACGAGAGCAAGACCAGAAAGGAGGGAAACGGACCGAGGUUCAGGUCUUGCCUACCCUCGACGCUCAGGGACGGCUGUACGAUAUUGGGACAGGGGAUGGUACGGAAAAGACAUUGCUACCCGGCAACCGUCGGCCCAAGCUUAAUGGCAAGUUCGAGACUCGGGACCACAAGACUGGAGAGGUCGUCCGGUACAACGCCGACGACGAUGAGACGACUCUGGGCGAGCUCGUCCGGCAAGAGCGAUUUGGGGCUGGUUCCGCCGAUCAGAAGAGUAUGGAUGCAAGCAUGGCCGCUGCGAUCAUGGGCGAUGCCAAAUUCGAGAACGAUAACGACUACAUGGACGACAAUGUCGAGCGUCUGGCACGCAAAAAGAUGAAGAACGACGCGAUGAAACGAGCCUUUGCCGUGAAUGAUUACGCUCGAACGAAAAAGGCGUUGGAUACCUGUGCUUUCUGCUAUCAGGAAGAAGGUCCUCCUAAAGCUCCUAUCGUCGCCAUCGGUCACCGUGCCUACCUGUCUUGCACUCAGAACGAGGAGCUUGUGGACGGACACUGCAUUAUCGUGCCGAUCCAGCAUUAUACUAGUAUUCUUGACCUGGACGACGAUGAGUGGGAAGAGAUCAAGAACUUCAUGAAGUGCUUGAUGCAAAUGUACGCCCAGCAGAACAAGGGUGUCUUAUUCUUCGAGACGGUCCUACCGACGAACAUCAAGUUUCACAAACAUACCUUUAUCGAAGCGAUUCCGCUUCCGGCUGACGUGUUCGCCGAUGCUCCUGGGUAUUUCCGGGAAGCCAUCUUGACGUCCGAGUCCGAGUGGUCCCAGCACAGAAAGCUCAUCGACUUUUCCGACCGACCCGGUGGGUUCCGACGGAGUCUGGUCUCCAAUCUGCCAUACUUUAUGGUACACUGGGAUCACAAGGGCGAAAAGGGGUACGGACACGUAAUCGAAGGUUCGGAAGAGGGAUCCGGAGGUACGUUUGGAGAGGAUAACGAGGGGAUCGUCAAGGAGGGCGACAAAGGGUCAACCGAAUAUACCAGAUACUUUGCGCAUGAGAUCAUCGGCAACUUGUUGGGUCUCGAAGCUCGGCGAUGGAGGAAGCCUCGUCGAAUGGACCAGAGCUCGAAUCAAGCGAGAAAGGCCAAGCUGGGCAACGCUUUCCAGCCGUUCAACUGGACUUUGCAGCUCGACCAGGCUACUGCGGGGCAGUAAAUCGAAUACAACGGGAUCAGACCGUACGACCUUGCGGCUAAGGAGAAAGAGACAACAAAGGCAGCAAGGGCCCGAGAGGAUGUAGCAGAAA